CCAAUUAUUACGCGAAAUGAAGAUAUGCUAUGCUAAAGCUAAGCUGAGCUCCACUGGUUUUCAACUUCCAUAACUAACCAUCAUCCACAUUGAUCAAUUUCCAUGGCCACAACAUCUCCUACUUUCCCCUCCAUCUUCAAACCCUUCACUUCCCUAACUCCCAAACCCCACAUCACCAAACUCACCACCCAUCUCCACUCUUCACUCUCCACCUCCAAAACCACUCUCCUCUCCCUCAUCUCCAACCAAAACAGAGGCCUCACCACUCAAAAUGAUCCCAAAAUGCUCUCCCAAAUCAUCGAAACCAUCGAUGAAAUGGCGGUGCAUGGACGUGGAGCUGUCACUACCAAUGAGUCCUUGUCUGGUACGUGGCGGCUGUUAUGGACCACAGAGAAAGAGCAACUUUUUAUCAUCAAGAAUGCUGGGUUUUUUGGGACGGAGACAGGGGAUGUUUUGCAGGUGAUUGAUGUGCAGAAUAAGGUGUUGAAUAAUGUGAUCACGUUUCCUCCAGAUGGAGUCUUCUUUGUCAGGUCUAGUCUUGAAGUUGCUUCUCCUCAACGGAUAAAUUUCAGAUUCACAAGUGCAGUUCUCCGUGGGAAGGAUUGGGAGUUUCCAUUACCUCCGUUUGGUCAGGGAUGGUUUGAUACUGUUUACCUUGACAAGGAGAUUCGUGUGGCGAAAGAUAUUAGGGGGGACUAUCUAGUUGUUGAUCGUGCUCCUUAUUCUUGGACAGAGUAAAGGGAACUAGAAGCAGAAUUUUCAUUCUGAAUAAUGGAUGCUCAAGGAUUAAUGAUAUCGUUAUAACCCUGUUGUCAAAGCUAGAUAAAAUUCAAGCCAAGGACGCACUGAAAUCUGUAGAAAACUAAGUAUUUGGGCUGAUCCUAUGCUUGAAAAGGUUGGAGAAGAAGAGGCUGUGAAAGAGAAAAAUGAAGUGAUAAUUCAGGAUCUGAUGAUUCUCUAUCUACUAUCGGAGCAUCAAGAUACCGAUGAAAACUUAUUACUGAUGAGACUACUGAUAAGGGUAAAAUUGACGGAUCUUCUAAAGAAGCCAUCAAUGCAAAAGCUGAGGGGGAGGAAAUUACUUUAAAAUUUUCUUAAAUUUUGAGAGUAUAUUUUAUCAAAUAUUUCGGCUACGGAUGGAGAAGAUUUGAUUUACAAAAGGAUGGUAAUAAUAUUUCUUUCGGUACUUAUUUAUAUAAA